UUUUAUAUUCAGGAGAACCUCAAAUGUCUCUUAUUUUUAACGCAUUAUCGAGUAAAAAAGGCUUUUACACUCUGCUAUAGCCCAUAAAAAAGCAUAAUAAGCUAAAGAGAAACAAAUAUAUUAUGGAAAAGACCGAAAAACAUCGCGAGAGCAGUUUUACACCGACUGUAAAACAUGAAGAAAAAGACAAGGAUGAAAAGACUAAUGUUAGUUCUACAGCUAUUGUGAAGUAUGAAGCCCAGUUACCGGUUCUUCCAUACGCUAAACUGCAACAGGAUACUGAUCUGAAUAUUGCCCCUGCAAACUGGCUUAGAGACGGCAGGUUUUCAAAUACGUUUCCCACCAACAGGAAUCCACUUGAAUUUUCAAGUUUUGGUAUAGCACACACCUUUCUGGAUAACAUUGGUGAUGUUGAUGUCAUCUCAGAUGCAGAGAACAUUAAAAAAUUAUUGAAGAUGGCUUACAGCAAAGCAGAGCUGAGCCUUGUAGUGCACCGAAUAGGCAAGACCCUAUUACUGGAUGAUUUGGAUUUACCUGCAAUAUUAGCUUAUGUUUCACAGACUAAAAACUCCUCAGGUUUGAGAUGGCUUUAUGACUUCUACUGUGAACAAAGAGGAAUACCAAAGGAUAGCGAUUUUAAAAGAAAGAAGAACAAGGACGAAGCAAAGCAGAAAAACAUCUUUUCCAAGUUUCUCCAUUACAGUAUUCAACGAAAUGAAGAAGAACAUGGGGUUAAUGGCUCCUUCAGUGAUUCUUCACCAACAACUGAUUCCAAGCCAAGCCCUAUACCAGCAAGACAACCUGGAAAAGAGGAACAUCCAACAAGAACAGAGGAAAAGACUACACUGAAAGAAAAUGAGAAAAGCCGUGGGAAAGAAUCAGAGUCAAAGCCAGCCAGAGAACCUAUUCCUCCAUCAUGCAAGGAAAGAUUGAAUGUGUUUCCGGCAAAUGAAGAAGAUGUUUUACCGGAGCCUCAUCAGAUGUCAUCAUUUCAAAGAAACAUACUGUGGACGUUUGAAGAUCUUCACAUGUUAGUGGGGUCUAAUGUGCCUAUAUUUGGUGGUGGAAAGUAUCCAGCGGUUAGUUUGAGACUUAGGGACUGUGGAAAGCCAAUCAACGUACUGACAGGACUGGACUACUGGUUAGACAACCUAAUGUGUAAUGUCCCUGAAGUAGCAAUGUGUUAUCAUCUAGAUGGACUUGUCCAGUAUUAUGAUUUGUUCAAGACAGAGGAACUUCCUCAGCUCGAAGGAAGCAGUUUUUCACCCAAGGUCGUGAAGGACAUUGCGCAGAACGUGUUGUCGUUCAUGAAGUCCAACUGCACCCAGGAAGGACACACGUACUGGCUGUUCAAAGCUAGUGACAGUGAAGUAGUGAAACUGUAUGAUCUAACAUCCAUCUGUGACCAGAAUGCCGAGAAAUACCAGAAUCCCUUUACUGUUCCUGUGGGCAUGUUAUUCUACAGAGUCGCUAAGAACAUGAUGAAGCAAGACUCACUAGAUGCAGGAGAUCAGUCUAUUGUCAAGCUUCUCCUAGAUAGCUGUAUGGGGCUGCUAGAUGAUCAGCAAUUCCCAGAGAUCAUGACAUCAGCGAAUAUUCUUUUAUCAAGCUUGUUUAGUCCCGAUAAUAUACACACCAUGUCAUCGUUGGAUAAGACAAGCGAUUCAAAGCACGCUUCGCAGGAAGAUCUUUCACCAGAGCGACAUGAGAUACAGACCGCACCUGUAGAUGUUAUGGCUCAUAGAGGGUCACUUGAGGUGGGUGAGCUUUCAACCCCAGGGAUGUACCAAGAUGACAUCAGACAGAUUGCCAAGACCAUCACCAAUAAUGUGGAAAUAAGGUGUAAAAGGGCGCUCACGUAUAUUGUAGAGGGACUUCGUUGUCUGAAGCUUGGUCUGGCCACGGACGAAGAAGCAGUUGAAAUGGAUAGCACAACCAGCAAGGACGAUCGUAGUCAUGGUAAUAAUCUACCACAGGGCUCCCAUGGCCGACCAGGACCCCAGUCUUUCUCAGUUCGUCGGCUGACUGCUCUAGAACCCGGUUCCUCACGUCCAUCGUCGUCACGUAGUUCGGACGAGUGUAAUCAAAACCCGUUACUUCUCGUCAAACCGGUUCACUGGAGGGCGCAAUCCAAAGGUCUUUUAAUAAGAAAGGCAACGUCUGUUUACCACUCAAUGGCCUGCUUAGCCAACACGAAGGGGAAAUUCGGACGAGCAUUAAGAUUUUGCAAGCUUUCUCUUGAGUGCCUCGAAGCUUACAAGCCAUGUGGGACCAACAAAAGUGAAGAAGACAACGAGUUGAUGCGGUCAAUACUUUGCGCAUGUGCAGACUCCUAUUUGAUGCUGGCGAAAAGUGGGGAGAAUUUAGAGGUUCAUCAUGAUGAAUUCCUGCAAAGGUCGCGCGAUGAUAAAGCUAUUUCUGCCGCGACGAAGGAGUUCGUUUGUGAUGAAACAGGGAUUUUUAAAGUGGAAUUUAAAUCUGUGGUUGAAGACAACCUCAUUACCAGUGCUGACUUCUACACAGCUGCGCUAGACAUAACGGGCAAACAAACCAAAGAAGAAGAGUACAUUAGUUUGGCUCGUCGCGUCGGCAACGUCAAGAACGAGUUGGGUGUUUUCUUCAUGAAUCGUGCCGCGAUGAUGGUAGGAAAUGGCGAAGGACUUGCCAAGCAGAGAGACAUGUGGAAGAAGAGUUUCCUCUUCUUUGAGAGUGGUGUUAAAGCUUUUGAAACUAUUAAUGACAAAGCCAACCUAGCACUGUUGCAUUCCAAUACCGGACGCUUAAUGAGGUUGUGCGCGCAAGCGGUACGGACAGACAGACCUUCACAGGCCGAGUUCUCUUCAGAAGAAAAGACCUUCUAUAAACAGGCUAUCGAGUUUUACAACCGAGCUCUGCAGAGUUUAGCCGAGAGGAAAGUAUGUGCCGAGGUCUGGGACGCAGUCACGUGGGAAUUAUCUGGCGCAUACUUCACCAUGGCAACAUUACUGCAAGAUUAUCCGCCUUUGUCGGUCCUGUCUCAGCAAGAGGUCGAGAAAGAGAUAACAGAAAUGAUGAUGAAGGCUUUGAAGUUAUGCGAGCCCACAGGCAAAGGGUCAGUGGUAAACAUUCGUCCUCAGUCUCCUGAAGAUCUUGACAGAAGGCUUGGUUCCAUUCAUCAUAGAUUGGCUUCUCUUUAUCAUAAUGCCUACAGAAACGAGACCCUAGACCAAGACAGAAAGAAGGUACGCUCUCUGGCAGAACUACACUACUCCAAGGCUUGCACUUAUUUAAAAGCCAGUACUUUCCCAUGCGAAUGGAUUAGAAUUCACCUUGAACGCGUAGCACUUUGUGAACAUCAGGUCUCUCUUCACGGUAGUGGCUCUGCUGCUUCGGUCAAAAUUCUACAGACUGCUCUUGAUUUUGUUCUCGAAUCUAGAAAAGCGCUAGAAGUUUUGACUGCCAGAAAGGGAGAGAAUUUUGAGAAGAAUAUCGAAGGGAAGAAAUUCGUGAACGUCAGUGAAAAUGAUGAAGAAAAUUCAGCAUUGAUUGAGAGUGAAGCUCGAUUAAAAGGAUUAGAAAAUGAAAAAAAUUGUAUCGAAAAGAUAAAACAUUCUGAAGACGAAGCGGCAAACGUUGUAAUGGAAGAAGAACAAAAGAAAAAUAGGAGAAGAAAUUCUAAAGCAGAGAAGAGUACGACAGACGUUGACGAAAGACGAAAGCCAGGCGAAGAAAAUACAACGGUUUUAAAUACCGAUAAAAACUCUCAAGAAUUGAGUUCGGAAUACCUAAAUGAGCUGAAAAUCCUUAUUCCAAUCCUAGAGGGAAGACUUAACUACGUACUGAAAGAAAUAGUGAAGUUUUGGAACACUAAGAAGGGAAAAAAUAAAGAGUUAAACGUUCACGAACUGGAAAGAGCAAAGCGAAUGUAUUCCAUGGCUCUGAGGGAAAGCGUUGGGAAAAACGAAGAAGGAAACUAUGUAGAAAAGGGAAUAAAACUGGUGCAAACACUGGAGAAAAUUGAGAAAAUCAAAUUGGAGGCUCAAUAACAAUGUUCAAGAAACCUCACGACUCUCAAGGAAUGUUUAUUAGAAUUUUUUGGCAGCAUUUUCGGCUGAACUGUGGUAGAAAAUAUGUUGGCGUACAGCACGUUUGCAGUAGCGCUGACAUUGAACUGGCUUCCUUGAAAAGCCGAAGAGCUAGGAGUUUGCUGCUCUCUAAAUUUUUUUCCGAUUUUUUUUGAGACAAUAAUGUUGAGUUGGCACACGGACAAUUUUAAUGUUUUUAUUAUUCUCAGCAAUUACAAUUUCCUGCUUCAAGAUGACGAGGAACAAUUAUUAAUGACAAAACUGUUUGGUUGUAACAAGAGAAUAUAUUUA